CCGAACAUUCGUUCAUUUGAAGUCGAACCGAGUGCGCAGUCGGACGUUAGUGCGUUUCAGAAGAGCAGCCAGUAGAGAAUCUGUCAAAAACUUGCCUGACAGGCGAUAUUCUCUCCAAAUAAUAUUGCAUCAUAGUUUCCAGAAACGUGAUUUUUGUGAAUCGUGCCUAAAAUUUCACACCGUAUUCCUAGUGCAGUGCAGUUUAGUGCGAACAAAAUGCUGAAAGCCGCAAAAUUCGUAACCCGCACCCUGACGGAGAAUCGUCCCUUGCUGCAAAGUGGAGGAAUCCUUCGCAAUGGAAUGCAAUCUCGGCUCAAGUCCGACACGGUCAAGGGUGCCGUCAUCGGUAUUGAUCUGGGAACGACCAACUCGUGCGUGGCCGUGAUGGAGGGCAAACAGGCCAAGGUCAUCGAAAAUGCCGAAGGUGCCCGCACAACGCCGUCGCACGUGGCCUUCACCAAGGACGGCGAACGCUUGGUCGGUAUGCCUGCGAAACGUCAGGCUGUCACAAACUCGGCUAACACCUUCUACGCGACCAAGCGUUUGAUUGGUCGUCGUUUCGACGAUGCAGAAAUCAAAAAGGACAUGAAAAAUCUGUCCUACAAGGUGGUUAAGGCUUCCAAUGGGGACGCCUGGGUUCAGGGAGGUGACAGCAAGGUCUACUCGCCCAGCCAGAUCGGUGCAUUCGUGCUGAUGAAGAUGAAGGAAACGGCCGAAGCCUACCUGAACACUCCCGUCAAGAAUGCGGUCGUUACCGUGCCAGCUUACUUCAACGACUCUCAGCGUCAGGCUACCAAGGACGCUGGACAGAUUGCUGGCCUGAAUGUUCUACGUGUGAUCAACGAACCGACAGCUGCCGCGCUGGCCUACGGUAUGGACAAGAGCGAAGACAAGAUUAUUGCCGUCUAUGAUCUGGGUGGUGGUACCUUCGAUAUUUCGAUCCUGGAAAUUCAGAAGGGUGUAUUUGAGGUCAAAUCGACCAACGGUGACACACUGCUCGGCGGAGAAGAUUUCGAUCACCACAUUGUAGACUAUUUGGUUGCUGAGUUCAAGAAGGAACAAGGCAUUGACAUCACCAAGGAUGCUAUGGCUAUGCAACGUUUGAAGGAAGCUGCCGAAAAGGCCAAAUGCGAGUUGUCCUCCUCCGUGCAAACCGACAUCAAUCUGCCGUACAUCACCAUGGAUGCCUCCGGUCCUAAGCACUUGAACUUGAAGUUCACCCGUGCCAAGCUGGAGCAAUUGGUCGGGGAUCUGAUCAAGCGUACCAUCGGACCAUGUCAGAAGGCUUUGGCUGAUGCCGAGGUAUCCAAGUCGGACAUCGGAGAGGUUCUCCUGGUCGGCGGUAUGUCCCGUAUGCCCAAGGUACAGCAAACCGUGCAGGACAUCUUCGGUCGCCAACCAUCCCGUGCCGUAAAUCCAGAUGAAGCCGUCGCCGUCGGUGCUGCCGUGCAGGGUGGUGUACUGGCCGGAGAUGUUACCGAUGUGUUGCUGCUGGAUGUUACUCCCCUGUCGCUGGGUAUCGAAACCCUCGGAGGUGUUUUCACUCGUUUGAUCACUCGUAACACAACUAUCCCAACGAAGAAGUCGCAGGUCUUCUCCACUGCUGCUGAUGGCCAGACCCAGGUCGAGAUCAAGGUCCACCAGGGUGAGCGUGAGAUGGCAGCGGACAACAAAAUGUUGGGUUCGUUCACAUUGGUUGGUAUUCCACCGGCACCACGCGGUGUGCCACAGAUUGAAGUCGUGUUCGACAUCGAUGCCAACGGUAUCGUGCAUGUAUCAGCUAGAGACAAGGGAACCGGAAAGGAACAACAAAUUGUUAUUCAAUCGUCCGGUGGUUUGAGCAAGGAUGAAAUCGAAAACAUGGUUAAGAAUGCUGAACAAUACGCAGCUACCGAUAAACUGAAGAAGGAACGCAUUGAGGCCGUCAACCAGGCCGAGGGUAUUGUUCAUGACACCGAAUCUAAGAUGGAGGAAUUCAAGGAUCAAUUGCCCAAGGAAGAGUGCGACAAACUUCGCGAGGAAAUUGCUAAGGUUCGCGAAAUUCUCACCAAUAAGGAUGAAGCCGAUCCGGAAGAAAUCCGCAAGACGGUCGGCACCCUCCAGCAAUCCUCCCUGAAACUGUUCGAAAUGGCUUACAAGAAGAUGGCUUCCGAGCGGGAGAGCAGCGGUAGCAGCUCAAGCAGCAGCAGUAGCGACGACAGUGCGGAAAAGAAGGAAAAUAAAAACUAAAUUUUCUUCGUUUACCGUUCCCUAUUUCUAAUACAACCCAAACUAUCCUGUAAAAUAUAGUUGUAGACUUGAUAGCGUUUAGCAAAAUUUCGCCUGGACAUUGAGACAAACCGCAGCACACAGACAACAUUGUAGGACACUAAACAAAUCGCUACUUAUUUAAGAACAAAUAGAGAGUUACAACUAACUUUUAGUCGAAGGAGGUGCCCUUAGUUCAGCGCCGAGGUUCGCAAUAGUUGUGCUAUUGUAGGAGGAGUUAAUUGUUUGGAAGCCGUUUAGCAAGUAAGCCAGUUGUUUUUCGCUCGUACCAGCCACAAGUCGACAUGAUCGGGAAUGCAUGGAUGACUAAAUAUUUUCGUAAUGUACUCAACCCCUCUUGUGCCGGCAAUUAGGGCGAUCCAGAAUCUGUGUUACAUAAUAUUAUUUUUUUUGCGUUCAGUGGGGUUCCUGAUGUUAGUUUAUUUUAUAUUUUAUAAUGAAACAUUUGUUACUGAGUACAAAGAAGUGAAGACAAAAUAGAACGCUCAAUUUCAAAUCAAAUAUUUGUAACUCUUUCAAUUUGUCCAGUGAGUUGUUAUUUUGGCUCGAAAGAAUUACAUCACUUGGUGAGUGCAGCUUCUCCCGUACUGUCACAUGUCGGGUGGCUUGGUAGGUAAAGAGAAAUUAUCGAAUAAUGUUGAUCAUUAUGUUUCGACUCUGAAAACCAAAUGAGAAUCACUAAACUAUACUAAGAACGAAUUUUACUCGUUUGAAAACAAGAAUGAAUAGAUGAAAGCUGAUGAAUAUGAACUUCUGUGGCAUACCAGGUUAUAAAGCAGAAAGAUAUCGCCCGAUUGGAAUGAAUUUUAUUGCAAUAAUAAUAAGAGUAUCAUUUAUGUGAAACGAA